AUGGCUUUCUUGAGUUAUGAGAACAAGAGAGGAAGUGGUAAGAAACUCAAAGUCCAUUUUGAUCUUCCUGAGGAUGAUGAGUAUCCAACUUCUAAUAGGAAGAAUUCAAGUUCUUCUAUUUCAUCUGAAUCAUCACUAGAUUCUGAUGACACUGACAAAGAUGAUAACAGCAUAGAUAAUGUUUAUUCUAAGUAUGGUGUGUAUGGUUCACCUGUUUGGAGCUUUCAAGGUGGGUCAGUGACUCAAUCUCCUCCAGUUCAGUUUAUGAGUUCUCCUGCAUAUGAUCCAAGCAGAAUACCCUCUUCAAUAUUUGCAAAUAGACCCACAAGUCCUAUGGAAUGGAGUGCUGCUUCAAAUGAAUCACUAUUUAGCAUACACUUAGGAAACAAUAGUUUCUCAAGGGACAAUACUUUUGCAUUCAACAAAUCUGGGGAGUUACCUAGGACUAAUGAUUUGGUCGGCAUGCCUUCACCACUGCCACCAGUUCAAGAGGUCACUAGUAAUUGCAAAAAUGUGGACAUGGAGAGACACUCAGUGUCAUCAAAUUCAUCAGAUGAAACAAUAGAUUCAGUUGAGGGAAAAGACCAAAAGAAAACAACACAUGAAACUGAAGGUUCACUUGUGGAGGUUGACCAUAAUAAAACACAAACAUUAGCAGAAGUUGGGACAAUUGUGUGGGACAAAACACCAGCUGAUCAUUGUAAAGAAGAAAGGGUCCCUAGUGAAGAACCCAAGAAUUAUACCAGUGUCUCCUACCGUUCAAUGGAAAGUGAUAUAAGCACCCGUUCAUUUCAAUUUCCUAUAUUAACAGCUGAUGCAGAAAGAACAAGUUCAUCAACAGUAGAGUCAGAAAAGGAAGAAAAAAGUGAAAAGCAGGAGGAGCAGCAAGUAGAGGAGCCAUUGAAGCCUACUAGUCCUCCUAUAACAGAACAGACACCAAAGCAAAGUGGUAGAACUUGGUGUUUCUGCUUCUCUUGUUCAUCAUGUUUUUGA